AUGUCGCACCCGCCCUCGGAACGCGGAGACGAAGGGGAGGGCGGCGGCGGCAGCAGCACCUCAGACGACGCCGACGAUGACCCGCUCUACCCCCGCGGCCCCGCCCCUGGGGUCCGAUGGCGCGGAGGUGCACCGCCAGCGGCCCCGACCUUCUCGGGGGAUCGCCGAGCGGACCCGCGCUGUUGGGAGCACUGGCGUGAUGCGGUGGCCGCCUGGAAGUUCCGAGUCAAGCAUAACCUGCCGCUCGCCGAGGCGGCGUUGCAGCUCAGAGAUGCCGAGAUCAUCUCCGACCCGCCGAUGACAUGGGCCACCCAGGGCGGCAUCGAACGUUUGGUUGAAGUUAUGCGCUCGCCCUUCGGCGAGGAGGAGAUUUUCCACACGGGCGACCUGCUGGCAGCGUGCGAGAGAAUCAAGAGGAGUCAUGGUGAGAAGCUCCACGCUUACUGCACCAGGUACGUCAGAGUUGAGCGUGCGCUCAUGCAGGUCAAGAUCAAUAUCGCCGAGUCUCUAGACGCCCAGGCACGGCGCCGGGCGACAACCGCGAGCGAGGCCGCGGGCAGGAGCCUGGCGGCGGCCCUUGGCGGCAGCAACCACCUGCCGUCGGCUCCGCGGCCGCCCCCGCCUCGCCACGCGGUGAACGCCACCGAGGCCGCGAUCGAGGAGGGCCAGCUCGGCGAGGAGGCUGCCGAGCACGAGGAUGAGGUCGACGGCCAGCCAGAUGACGACGAGCCCAAUACGGAGGAGGCCGCCGACCAGGAACCCGCCGAGUUCGAUGAAGUGCACGAGGCUAUGACAGCCUUGAACGACGUUCUCAGCAUCACGUCUCAGAAGCUGAAGGGGAUCACUCAAGGCGCCGACCAGAUCGAACAGAGAAAGAAGACGGAGGCGUGCCUAGAUUGCGGAGAGCUCGGCCACUGGGCUGGGGACGCCGCCUGCAAGAAGCCAGGCGCCAACUCCGCCCGCGUUACUUCGUCCUCUACCAUGUGCGCUUGGGCGAUGUCUCAGUCAGUCUUCAAGGGCCUGGCAGUCGGAGAUUCAAUCGAGUAUAUCGACGAGUUUGACAGUAAGAGUUGGACGAUUGCCGAUACCGCGUGCCAGAGGAUGGUCCAUGGAUCCGCUUGGGGGGGCACUCACGCCCAGAGGCUCGAAGACAGAUCCCUGCCCCUCGUCAAGUGGGCCGUCCAGGAGAGGUUCAAGUUCGGCGAGGGCCCCGAGAUCCACUCGGUCCUCCGGUGGGGUUGCCCGAUAGGCAUCGCAGGCGUGGCGCUCUGGGCUAGGUCUUCCGAGGUGUCGUCCGCGAUUCCCCAACUGGCCUCCAACGAGUUCAUGGUCCUCUUGGGAGCCUCCAUCAACAUGUUCGUCGGGACAAUCAGCUUCUUGGGGAUCGGGGUUUACGACCUCCCGCUUCAGAGGGCCAGGAACGGCCAGCUCAUCGUGUGCAUCUCCGAUUUCCCGAACGAGUUACCCGACUUCUCGGAUUGGGACACCUUGGGUGAGGACGUCACCCUACCCCCCGAUGCGAAGAUCAAAUGUGAACACCGUCGAGAGCGACACCUCGAGCGAGUACAACUGAACCAGGGGACCUCGGCGAGCGAGUCUACCAAGAUGGACGUGCGACGACGCCAGCGACGCGUGCACUUCGACAUUGCCGACGACGGCCUAACCGAGUACGAGAUCCCCGAGGGCACCAUCGAGAUCGAACGUCAGGCUUUCCGAGCUUCGUUGAUGACGGGCCCGGGCUUCCGGAACGCGUUCCUGAAGGCGACGCCGCUCCUGGCUGCCUUCGUCAAGGGAUGCGCCGGGGGUCUGAAAGCGCACGAAGCCUACCUGGACAUGAAGGCGCCCAAGAGACGCGAGCCGUGCGACCACCAGGACUCGACCACGGGGGUCUCGACCAUCAAGGAGUACUGUGCGGGUCGCCACGGGCGGUACGCCAGGUGCCAGCAGCCGGCGUGCCAGAUGAGCAGCGCCGAGCGCAUCAUCUUCGAGACCCUCAGUCCCAGCGCAGUCCUUCACGGCGCCCCGCUGCAAGGAGCUCUGAAGCGUCGCAUCGGCGACCUCAACCGCACCAUCUCCGCGCUCGAGGUCGAGGCUAAGGUUCGGGACGUCGUUGACAGCGCCGCCCGGCAGGUCAACGCCGAGGCGCCGCGCCGCGCGCGCAUCCUCGAGGGCUUCGCCGGACAGGGGGACAUCGCCAAGCGCGCGCACCUCUUCGGCCUCGCCGCUCUGCAGCCCGUCGACCUCAUCUACGGCUUCGACCUGGGCACGGUCGCUGGUCGACGGAGGUGGAACCACGCCAUCAAGACGUGCAAGCCGCUGGUGGUUAUCAUGGGUUUCCCAUGUACGAAGUGGUGCUGGUACAACUACGCGAUUAACUACCGUGACUUCCCCGACCUCCUCGCUUCCUUCCAGGACGAGGAUCGGCCGCUGCUCAAGCUCGUUGUAUGGACCGCUCUCGAGCAACAGAAGAACGGCAGGCACUUCCUCCUCGAGAACGCCGAUAGGAGCCAGGCGUGGGAGCAGCCCGAAUUCGACCCGCUCUGGAAGGGCCUCAACGGCGAGCUGAUGCGUAAGACGCGGACGUGGGUAAGCAACCAUCCCAAGUUGCUGGAGUCGGUGACCCGCAGGUGCGAUCGCAGCCAAAGUCACGCUGAAGUUCAAGGGCGCGAUACUUCCCGCUCGCAGGAAUUCACCGAGGAGCUCGCAGACAGCAUCCUGACCGUCGUGCAGCAGAUGCUCGCAGUCCGAUCGCCUGCUUCGCUGGCCUGGACAUCUAGCGACGACCAGUGCCGAUACGAAUGGCACCCUCAGGACAGCACCCCCGCGGACUACCACGACCAGCUCUACACCGCCUGGUUCGUCGACGUCGACCGCGACACCGACGAGUGGCAAGUUGUUCUUACCCAGACGAUGCUCAUGAUGGAGGAUCGGGCCCGUUACACCUGGGAGCUGCCGCCAGGCCACGAGAUCUACCAGCGCAUCCAGGACCUCGUGCCAUGGGAGCUCGUUCGAGUGCAAGCCGCUCGAGUACCGAAAGCGCGUAGGCAUGCAGUCGACAUCGUCUACCGCCACCGCGGCAUGACCGCCACCGCCCACGCAGGUAGCAUCAUCGUCGAGACUGAAGCGCUGAAGGACGUCCAGUGCCCGAAGCUCCGCUUCAGCGAACCGAUCGCCCUCGCCAUCUUCUUCUUCGGGAACGCGCCUGAGUCGGCCAGCGCCGACGGCGAGCUGCCUUCCGAGGUACCGCAGCCAGGACCUGCUGCUGCCCAAGUUCACCCUGAGAGCGCCGCGGAGCCUCCAGUGGAAGAGCCGGGCGCGCGUCCGCCGGCGCCGCCAGCUCAGGCUGCCGAUCCCGACCUCUACUCUAUCGCAGGGUGCCGCAUCAAGUUCCCUAACCUCAGCGACGACAAGUGCCCCCGCGAGAUCAAGGCGAUGGUCGCCCGCCUCCACUGUCAUCACGGACACGCUGGUCGCGAAGAUAUCCGACGUUUCUGUGCCUGGCAGGGGGCCAAGCCAUCAGUCUACUUGGCGAUCGACUUCUUGAAGUGCGAGGCCUGCGAGCGGACUCGCCCGCCAGCUAGGCCAAAGCCGAUCUCCGCGACGAUUCGGUACCUGGGUCAGUUCGGCGAACACCUCCAGGCCGACUUCUUUACUAUCGUGGACGUCACCAACACGCCGCACCACAUGCUCGGUAUCAUGUGCCUCAAUGCACACCUCCACCGCGUGAAGCGCGUGGUCGACCGCUCCCCAGAUACAGCCGUGUCCGCCUUCCUGGAGGCAUGGGCUUUACCGCUCGGCAUGCCGAUGGCCAUCACCGUCGACAUGGACGGCAGCUUCAUGGGCUACUUCAAAGAGCGGCUCGAGUCGUACGGGGUCAACGUCUCCUACUGCCCGCCCGACGCACAUUGGCAGAUCGGGACCGUCGAGAGGCAUAACGCGUCAUGGAGGUGGAUCUGGAAUCGGACAUGCGACGCCUGCGCCGUGAAGACCGCCGAGGAGGUCGACUUGACUACCAUUGCCGUCAGCGAGGCCAAGAACAAUGCAGUUCGUCGGGCCGGGCGCUCCGCUAACCAGUGCGCCCUGGGAAGGACUCCUCGUAUUCCCGGGGAGUUGCUAUCCGACGAUCACGGCUUUGCCGUCGCCGCCAACGCCACUAACUCGCAGCACGUAAUGAACAACGACUUCUACCGCAUGGAGGCCAACAUCCACACGGCCCACUUCAACUACGAGCAGCACGUGAGGAAGUCGCUCCUCAGGAAGACCAGCCACUUGCGCUACGACCUUGACAAGCUCGUCGCAGGCCAGCAGGUUGGAUGCUGGCGCCAGGGCGCCAAGAAGCGCCCCAGCGGCAAGUCGUCGCGCCCAGGUUUCGUCAUUGGCACCUUCCUACAGUGGGGCGGCGGACAACAAGGACACGGACUCGGCCGCAACGCUCGGGUCAGAGUCGGUCAGACCAUCAUGCUUUUCAGCCGCGAACAGCUUGUACCAGCCAUUGGUUUCGAGCAGUGGGUACCCGAUGCCCAGGACAUCGAGGUUCUCAAGAGCAGCUACGACCUCAUGAAGGACGACCUCGGGGUGGACGAGCGAGACGCCGGGCCCGCGCCCGACGACCUGGCAGAGGAGGCCGACAUCUUCGUCGACGACGGCCGCAACCUUCUUCCAAGCCGCGAAGGACUUCUGCCUCCACAGCCUGCCGAUGCCGAUCUUCCUGGAGCUCAGCCUGUCCCAGUCGAACCGCCGCCAGCUGCGGCGGCCCCGCCUCAGCCAGAGGCGAUUCCGUCCGAGCCGACACCGGUCGAGACCGAGGUUCCACGCACGACCCCUAUGGACGCGGAGGUCACCCAGGCCACUGAUUCCGUCUCCGCAGAGCCGAACACGAUCGAGACCGAUCUGAAGGCCGACCCUCCAGACGAGAAGAGGCCCCGCGUGUCUACCUUGUGCGCCCAGGCUUGGCUGACGUCCUUCUGGGCCACUGAGGUCGGGGACAGUGCCGACGGCUCCGACGAGGUACCCGCCGCGUUCGGCAACGUCAGCCGCUACGCCGACUACGCGGACGAGAUCGAGAUCAUCUACCAGGUGAACGCCAUCGUCGCCGACGACGGGCCUAUGCCCCCCCUGGUGCCCGACUCCGAGGACGACGAGCCUGCCGACCAGAACCAGCCCACCAUGACGAGGGCCGAGCGGAAGGCCUACGACCGCGAGAUACCUUGGCGCGAGAUCAUGAGCAUGGACGGCUCCACCAUCCAGAGCUUCCUGCAGGCCACGCGCAAGGAGUACAGCAACUGGGUCAAGUGGGCGCCGAUGGUCGCUGUGCCAGACGACGUCGCCAAGGACAUGCUCAACUCGCCCGAGACCCGCAAGAGCUGCAUCCGGGCGCGAUGCUGCUAUCGUGACAAGAACUGCGGCCAAGGAGAGCUUGCUGCGAAAUGCCGGGGAAUCGCCGUCGGUUGCAGCGACCCGAGGCUCGAGGCGCUCGAGCGGAGGUCUCCCACUACGCAGCGCAUCAGCUUCUUCGCAGCCUGCCAGGUCCUCGCCAGCAUGAAGAUCUACGACCCAGAGGGCAACUGGACCGCAUGUGUUGGCGACCUCGAGAACAGUUUCUUCCGGGGCAGCCGCGAGAGGGAGGACAAGGUCUACCUCAUUCCGCCGCGUGACCCACGGGUCAUCGCCACCGGCUCCUGGCUAGAUACGUUGUACGAGUUCGAUAAGGGGCGUUUAUUGGCCAUCGUUUUGUGGUACGUCGACGACAUGUUCGCCGCAUGCGCCAAGAGCCGUUUCGAUUUCUCCCAGCUGGAGAAGGUUCUCUUGUGGGGCAAGCUCGUGUAUCUGCCUCAGGAGCUCGCGUGGUGUGGGCGUGAGAUCAACCAGUACCACGACGGCCGAGUCGUCAUCACUCAGAAGGAGUACGUCAAGGGUUUAGAGAUUUCCGAUCUUAAGGCGAUGUACAAAACCAAAGAGCACCUGAAGAACACGCCAUAG